UCGGCUCCUGCUCGAGAAGGGUGCGCGGGGGCGAGUUCUGCGCACGCGCCCUCAAUUCCUGCUGCUCUCAGGGCUGCGCUGUGCCUCGUGUUUUCACUUCCUUCUUCUCAGAGCUGUAUCCGGGUCGCUGCUUUCCCUAUUGUCUGAGGCGGCCGGCCUCGCGCUGUGCAAUUUCUGGUCUUUUGUUGCUUCUGGUCCAGGCUAAUAAAGUUUUUCUUUCUUUAAUUUUUUUUCUUCUAGUUUUAACGGGAGAAAUUAACUCCCCAGGGCCGCCGGGUUGACUGCGCUGCCUGGGCCGGAGGUCUUCUCCGGCCAGGGAGCGCUGUGGGAAGGGGCUCGAGCGGCCAGGGCCAGGCGAGGCCGGGGGGGCGGGGGGUUAGGGGAACGCGGGGCUACUCUUGGGAGCGCCCCUGUCCGGCUGGCUGCGCGCCGGUUUUAAAUAGCAUCUUUCGGACUUGUCUUCGCGGCCCCAGUCCCCGACCUCGGCGCUGCCUGGGCUCCUGCAGCCUCGCUAAGUCUCCUCCAAACGACCACCUCACGGAUUCCUUAUGGAUCGCAGCUCCAAGAGGAGGCAGGUGAAGCCUUUGGCAGCUUCUCUGCUGGAAGCUCUUGAUUAUGAUAGUUCAGAUGACAGUGAUUUUAAAGUUGGAGAUGCCUCAGAUUCUGAAGGGAGUGGUAAUGGAAGUGAAGAUGCUUCAAAGGACAGUGGAGAAGGUUCCUGUAGUGAUUCUGAAGAAAAUAUUUUAGAAGAAGAACUGAAUGAAAAUAUUAAAGUAAAAGAAGAACAACUUAAAAAUUCUGCAGAGGAAGAAGUUCUAUCAUCAGAAAAACAAUUGAUUAAAAUGGAAAAGAAGGAGGAAGAAGAAAAUGGAGAAAGACCUAGAAAGAAAAAGGAGAAAGAGAAGGAAAAAGAAAAGGAGAAAGAGAAGGAAAGAGAGAAGGAAAAAGAAAAAGCAACAGUAUCUGAGAAUGUGGCUGCUUCUGCUCCUACCACCACACCAGCCACAAGUCCUCCUGCUGUUAACACAUCCCCUUCUGUUCCCACUACGACAACUGCUACAGAGGAACAAGUCAGCGAGCCAAAAAAAUGGAACCUUCGACGAAACCGACCACUUCUGGAUUUUGUGUCCAUGGAAGAGCUGAAUGACAUGGAUGACUAUGACAGUGAGGAUGACAAUGAUUGGCGACCUACUGUAGUAAAGAGAAAAGGGAGAUCUGCAUCUCAGAAAGAGGGAAGUGAUGGAGACAACGAGGAUGAUGAAGAUGAGGGAAGUGGGAGUGAUGAAGAUGAGAAUGAUGAAGGCAAUGAUGAAGAUCAUAGUAGCCCUGCCAGUGAAGGGGGUUGCAAGAAGAAGAAGAGUAAAGUUCUUAGCAGAAACAGUGCUGAUGAUGAGGAACUGACCAAUGAUAGCCUGACCCUAUCUCAAAGCAAGAGUAAUGAGGACUCGCUGAUUCUUGAGAAGAGUCAAAACUGGAGCUCUCAAAAAAUGGACCAUAUUCUGAUUUGCUGUGUUUGUCUGGGAGAUAAUAGUGAGGACGCUGAUGAAAUAAUUCAGUGUGACAAUUGUGGCAUUACAGUCCAUGAAGGUUGUUAUGGAGUUGAUGGAGAGAGUGACUCUAUUAUGAGUUCAGCUUCUGAAAACUCCACUGAACCUUGGUUUUGCGAUGCCUGUAAAUGUGGUGUUUCUCCUAGCUGUGAACUGUGUCCUAAUCAGGAUGGAAUUUUCAAGGAGACAGAUGCUGGAAGAUGGGUUCAUAUUGUUUGUGCCCUGUAUGUUCCUGGAGUAGCCUUUGGAGAUAUUGACAAAUUACGACCAGUAACACUAACGGAAAUGAACUAUUCCAAAUAUGGUGCCAAGGAGUGUAGCUUUUGUGAAGACCCUCGCUUUGCUAGAACUGGGGUUUGCAUUAGCUGUGAUGCAGGGAUGUGCAGAGCCUAUUUUCAUGUGACCUGUGCUCAAAAGGAAGGUCUGCUUUCAGAGGCAGCAGCGGAAGAGGAUAUAGCAGAUCCAUUCUUUGCUUAUUGUAAGCAACAUGCAGAUAGAUUAGACAGAAAGUGGAAGAGAAAAAACUACUUGGCUCUACAGUCCUAUUGUAAAAUGUCUUUGCAAGAGAGAGAGAAGCAACUAUCACCAGAAGCACAGGCAAGGAUCAAUGCCCGGCUUCAGCAAUAUCGUGCCAAAGCAGAACUAGCUCGAUCUACCAGACCCCAGGCCUGGGUUCCAAGGGAAAAAUUGCCCAGACCACUCACCAGCAGUGCUUCAGCUAUUCGUAAACUUAUGCGGAAAGCAGAACUCAUGGGGAUCAGUACAGAUAUCUUUCCAGUGGACAAUUCAGAUACUAGUUCUAGUGUGGAUGGAAGGAGAAAACAUAAGCAACCAGCUCUCACUGCAGAUUUUGUGAAUUAUUAUUUUGAGAGAAAUAUGCGCAUGAUUCAAAUUCAGGAAAAUAUGGCUGAACAAAAGAAUAUAAAAGAUAAAUUAGAGAAUGAACAAGAAAAGCUUCAUGUAGAAUAUAAUAAGCUAUGUGAAUCUUUAGAAGAACUACAAAACCUGAAUGGAAAACUUCGAAGUGAAGGACAAGGAAUAUGGGCUUUACUAGGCAGAAUCACAGGGCAGAAGUUGAAUAUACCGGCAAUUUUGCGAGCACCCAAGGAGAGAAAACCAAGUAAAAAAGAAGGAGGCACACAAAAGACAUCUACUCUUCCUGCAGUACUCUAUAGUUGUGGGAUUUGUAAGAAGAACCAUGAUCAGCAUCUUCUUUUAUUGUGUGAUACCUGUAAACUACAUUACCAUCUUGGAUGUCUGGAUCCUCCUCUUACAAGGAUGCCAAGAAAGACCAAAAACAGUUAUUGGCAGUGCUCAGAAUGUGACCAGGCAGGGAGCAGUGACAUGGAAGCAGACAUGGCCAUGGAAACCCUACCAGAUGGAACCAAACGAUCAAGGAGGCAGAUUAAGGAACCAGUGAAAUUUGUUCCACAGGAUGUGCCACCAGAACCCAAGAAGAUUCCGAUAAGAAACACGAGAACCAGAGGACGAAAACGAAGCUUUGUUCCUGAUGAAGAAAAACAUGAGGAAAGAGUUCCUAGAGAGAGAAGACAAAGACAGUCUGUGUUGCAAAAGAAGCCCAAGGCUGAAGAUUUAAGAACUGAAUGUGCAACUUGCAAGGGAACUGGAGACAAUGAAAAUCUUGUCAGAGUUAUCGUUAUUACAGUCAUCCCUCCAUUGAUUCCAGGACGGCCCUCGGAUAUCAAAAUCUGAAGAUGCUCAAGUCCCUUAUGUAAAAUGCCAUCAUGUUUGCAUAUAACCUAUGCAUAUGUUCCUGUAUGCUUUCAGUUAUCUCUAGAUACUUAUUAUAAUACCUAAUACAAUGUAAAUGCUAUGUAAAUAGUUGUUAUACCGUAUUUUUUUAUUGUUGUAUUGCUAUUUGUUAUUGGGUUUAUUUUUCCCAAAUAUUUUCCAUCCAUGGUUGGUUGAAUCCAUUGAUGCAGAACCUGCAGAUAUGGAGGGCAGACUGUAUUAACUUCAGAAGGUAAUGUGUAUUGUUCACACACACACACACACACACACACACACACACACUGUCCUAUUUCCCAACAUGAGAAAUUGUCAAAUUUUUAUGCAUUAAUAACUAAUGAAAAUAACAGUAUUUUUGGUUUUCAUCCAUUUUUAAAUGCCUUUUAUAAAUGUAAUUAUUUCAUUUAUAAUCCUGCUUUUUCAUUUUAAUGAAGAAUUUCAUUUUCUUACUGUUUUGGUUUUGUUAGUCAUGAAAUUUUUUUUCAUCAUAAUAACCCUCCUCCUGGGAAUUUAUCAUAAGGAAAUAGUCAAAGAAAGAAAUGCUAAUAUAAAAAGACAUUUAUAGCUAUAGUUACAGUAGGAAAAUUAUUCCCACCGUCAACAUAUAACUCCCCAAAUAAAAACAACUGAAAACAUUGUAUAGGAGGGGAGUGAUAAACUAUAACAAAUCAAUAUUAAAAAAUUAUGUAUCUCCUAUAGAUUGUAAGAUAUUUACAUAGGAAUGAAGAAACCUGUUUUAUGUCAUAAGUAUAUGCUACUAAAUUGUUGCAUAUAAGUGGCUAGAGAUUAGACGGGAGCAAAAAAUGGGCAUGGUAUUAUUUUAGAAAGGUAGAAGUCUGAGUAAAAUAAAAUCCUUCAACAACAUUUUAAGUACAUUAAUCUCAUGAAUGUAACAUUUAAGUAGAGCCUCAUUUUGACCACAGACACACACAAAGAUUAAUUCGAUAUAAAAAAAACCCAUAGCCCUGAUCAGUUAACCACAGCAAAUAAAAACCUAAGACAAACCUUUUAUUAGGAACAACCAUUGAGUAGGGCAACUCAUAUUCAAAUGAAAUAAACAUCAAAUCUCUUCCUCAAAACAACAUUAAAGUUAUCAGCUUUUUGUGUAUGUAAUUUCAGUUAUGCAGUAUAGUAAAUAAGGUGUAAGGAUAUGUUCAUUGAGGCACAAACAAUUCAUUGACUUUUAUAUAUGUAUAUCUUUUAAAACUUGGAUUGUAUUUGAACACACCAUGGUUUCUCUAAAAGGUGAAAUUCAGCUGGGCAUGGUGGCUCAUACCUGUAAUCCCAGCACCUAGGGAGGCAGAGGUGGGAGGAUGGCUUGAGCCCAGGAGUUCAAGACCUGCCUGGGCAACAAAGUGAGACUCCAUUCUCCACAAAAAGGAAAAAAAGGACAAAAAAGGUGUAACAAGUGAAAUUCAGAACUCUGGAAACAUUUUUUAAUGAGAUACUUAACAUAUGUCUAUAUUCUUAAAAUACUUAGGCAAGUUUGAGCAAAGUAUUAUGAGUAGAAGAGGAGGAAGUUAAAAUGGUUGAUUAUUGCCUCAUGAAUAUACUAUUAAAAGUGUGACUUUAUGAUGUGACUUUAGUGUAGAAUUGUUCAUGCAUUUUUUUUUUUUUUUUUUGAGAUGGAGUUUCACUCUUGUUACCCAGGCUGGAGUGCAUUGGCGUGAUCUUGGCUCACCACAAACUCCACCUCCUGGAUUCAUGCGAUUCUUCUGCCUCAGCCUCCCGAGUAAACUGGCAUUACAGACAUGUGCCGUCACAUCCGGCUAAUUUUGUAUUUUUAGUAAAGACGGGGUUUCUCCAUGUUGGUCAGGCUGGUCUCGAACUUCUGACCUCAGGUGAUCCGCCUGCCUUGGCCUCCCAAAUUGCUGGGAUUACAGGCGUGAGCCACCGUACUUGGCCUGUUCAUGCCUUCUUUAUGUGUGUAUGUGUGUCAUUUUUUUAUACUUAAGAUUAUGCAUGAAGCCUCCUUGAAGCCUUAAGUGUGAUUUAAUUCAUAAAUAGGCAACCAGUUGAGCUCUGUGAGAAGUGAUUGAUCAAACUACAUGAAAGUAAUUCUUUAAGUAUAUUCUCUAUGAAUCGUAGCAAGAGGAGAAGUUCUGCUUUGAAUGAAACUGGUAGGCACUCCCUGUAAUUGCCCAGUGACUCAGAUUGACAAAGAUAGCUACACAAGGAAGGUAGGCCUACAAAGGACUAAAUCAGUGGGAUUCAGUCACAAGCAAGUGAAAUUAUAUCAGUCAAUAACUUUCCUUAUAAGUGACUGAAAUCUUCCAGACCCAUAUUUUCCUUUUCAGGUUACUCAUUUAUGUCAAUUAUUAAAGAACUGCAAAAUUGCCUGAUUAUAUCAAGGACUUUGUUGUGACAUGGUCUGUAAAUGUAGAUCAUUUUUUAAAGUUGAGUUUCAUGUAGAGCAUUGAGCACGUUGACUGAAGAUUUGACUUUUUCCGAAGCUUGUAACUGUAAAGAAAUUGUGAAAUCUAGUUUUUCCCUUUAAAAAUAAGAUUCCUGUGUUUGUUUCUUCUCGCCAGAUUUACUUUUGAAUCUAUUUCAUAUUAAAGAUACUGAAAGACAUUCACUUAUUUAUACAUUGAAUUUUUAUGUAGAGGGUUUAUAAGAGACAGAAGAAUUCAUAGGAUCAUGGGAUCAUUCCUAAAAGGAUGAAGAAGUCUUCAUAUAAACCAAGGUGACAGGUGAAUUGAAUCUUGAAGUAUGAGUAGGUUUUAGGAGAUUGAGUUAGGAGGUAGCAAUCCUUCAAGGGAAUAAACAGACAUGAAUAAAGACAUAAAGUGGGACCAUAUGAGUCAUGUGUGAUGUAAAUUUAAGAGAACAGGUAGAUUGGGGCCUUGAGUGCAAGCUAAUGAUGUUAAGCGGUCUAAUGGGGAUUUAUUGAAGACAAGGGAUGAUACAAAGGAGAGGAUUGUAAAAGAUUGAUAUUGUGGUGACAUACCUGAUGAACACAUGGGCAGCUAGAGGAAGACCAAUUUGAGGGCUGUGAACCUAGACUGAUGGAAGUAGAAAUGCAAAGGAUUAGAAAGAUCUAGGAAACAUAACAUCACACUAGGGUUGUAGCAGAUAAUCAAGAAUGGAAAGGCAAGGAAGAAAGGGAAGUGUUUAAAGCAAACUGGAUGACUUUAAGCUGAAUAAUUGGAGAGAAUGGUGAGAGUAGAAACAGAAAAAAGAUGAGUUGGCUGUAUUUAUUUUUUGGAGAAAAAUACAAUAGGUGAAUAGAGGGAUAUCUUUUUAAAGGUCUACUGAAUUAGGCAUUUUCAGAAAGCAUUUAAAGUUAUGUGAUUAUAAAUAUAAAGAGGAGCUGCUUGCAGUUGCUCACGCCUGUAACCCCAGCACUUUGGGAGGCCAAGGUAGGCAGAUCAGUUGAGCCCAGGAGUUCAAGACCAGCCUGGGCAAAAUGGUGAAACCCGUCUCUACUAAAAAUAAAAGAAUUAGCCGAGUGUGGUGGUGCAUGCCUGUAGUUCCAGCUACUCUGGAGGCUGAGGUGGAAGAAUCGCCUGAACCCAGGAGGCAGAGGUUGCAGUGAGCUGAGAUCAUGCCACUGCACUCCACCCUGGGUGACGGAGCGAGACCCUUUCUCGAAAAUAAAAUAAAAAUGAAUAUAAAGAGGAAUAGAACUCUGGAAAUAAAUUUGGUAACUGUUAAAUAUUUAUUCUUUACCCCUUAAGUAUUCUAUUCUAAUUUUCCGACCUUUAAGUAAAUGUGUCUUUCAGUGGAUAUUGAAGGUACAGCAGGAAAUCAUGCUUUAUAAGAAUGGAACACCUGAAAGAAUUAGGUAGGUGUCCUUGGUUUAGUUGAGUCACAGGCUGACUCCGGAGAAAUUUAAUUACCAUGUAGCAGAGCCUCAAAAUGAGAUUUUAAUACUCUGCUGUUUUUAAGCUUUGUUGUUGCUGACUGAAAUACCUCUGUAUAUAAAUAAUACUUAUCUCUGCUUAGUUGUAUGUCAGCUGAUUCACUUUAAAGUUGUGGAAUAUUUGUAAUUUGUCUUUUACCCCCUUUAUCUGUUUUGUAUUUGUUUCUAUUCCUUUUUCUUUGUGGUUACCUUCAUCCCAGCUGAAUUUGCUCUAUUUUAAGACAGUGGUCCUUAAACAUUAGGGUGCAUUUGAAGCACUGAAAGGCUUGUUAAAAGGGUUUCUGUUUUAAAAUUCUGAAGUGGUGACCAAGAAUUUGUAUUUCUAACAGGUUCCCAAGUGAUGCAGAUAUUACUGGUCUGGAGACUGUACUAUGACAAUCACUGCUUUAUGCAUAAAGCCCUUUAAGCUCAAGUCCUAAGAUAGUGGUUCUCAGCUUGGCUAGAGAUACAAAAAUAUCACCUGUAGAAGGAAUUACAGAAAAAUAAGCAAAAACAGGCCUGGAUCUCACUCUUGAAGAUUCCAAAUCAGUAGUGAACAAUUUAGGAAUGGUACCUCAGAGUUUAAGUUUAAGAGUUUAAGGGCAUAUGCCUUUUUUGCAUAUGCCCACAUAUCACUCAUCUAAACCCAGUGAAUUGCCUUUUUGAAGUCUCUUUUUUUUGUCCUAAUGUGAAGAUGUCAUGAGACCAAGAGCUCCAUUCUUUACUAGCUGAACCUGAUCAUUGACUCUUAGAGCUUUUAUGAAGAAGAUACAGUUGUCUUGGCCAAAAUGGUAUUAUAAAAUGUUGAAGCCAGGUGCUGACAAACUCAGAAUUAUUAAAAGCUCUUUUUGUAAAAUAACAGACCAGUUAAAGGGUAUUUUUUUCCCCCAAUAGUGACCCUUGAAUCAGAUUGGCAUGGCAACGUUCUAGAUUGCUCUGAAAUAGCACUCUAUCUAUUGUCUCCCUGAGACAAUGAUCUGUUUUCACUAUAGUCAGAAAGUGUGAUACAGCCCUGCCACGCAAAACUAGCUUUCAGGCUUUAGAUUCUAAACUUCUAAUUUCCCUUAGGACUUUCUUUUUAACUCAUGGGUUAUUUAGAAGUGUAUUUUAUUUCCAAAUAUUCGGAGGAUUUUCCAUGUAUAUUUCUACUAAUGAUUUCUAGUUUAAUUGCAACUCUAAUAUCUCCAUCAUCCCAGAGUUUGUUCUGCUGUUUGCUUUGUUUCUUGACAGUGGAUUUUCUUUUUCAUUUUAUGUGCCUCAUAACUUUUGAUUGAAUGUUGGACAUCAUGAGUUGAACAGUAGAAUAAUUCCGCCUGAAAAGGGCACACCUGUUCUUUUUCAAGGCUGUUAGUGUGGGGGAGUUGAGUCAGUUUAAUCUGAGUUGAGCUGGGCUUAUAUUUUCCUGUUACUCUGCUUACCUCAGUGUACCACAAGGCUUCAGAUUUCUUCACUAUUUCCUGUGUUUCUGGUUGAGGUUAUAAUGCCAGAGUGCUUUUUGUCAUUUGUACUCCCCUGUUAAAUUUCACCUUUCUCUGGAUGCCUGUGCAACUGAAGAAGCCCCAUUCCACUGUCUUUCCUCUUACUUAGCAGUAGACUGUUGUCACAUGUUACUCAGUGCUUGCUGGUCUGGUGGUAUUAGCCAAAGGAGUUCUUAAUUUUCCUCAUUCAAACUCAGCCUUCAGCCUCCAAAGAGCCACAAGCUUGGUUCUUGAGAGUAGGCCUUUUUCACUGUUCUCGGCCCUUUUUCCUAUGGCAGCCUUAUUCUGGCUUGUGUCUUUGGCAUAUCUUGUGAGGGAGUUUCCUUCUGACUCUCAGGGGGUAGGAGACCUUUAAAAGAUACAAGGGUAGUAUACUGGGCCCAGAAAUGUUUCCUGUCACUCCUGUAGGAGUAGAGGAUUUUUUUUCCUCUUAUAUUUUUUUCUCUUCACAGUGAGAUUGCUCUGUUUCCUGUGUGGCAGCAGGGUUUACAGCCUUUCUUUUAAUGACAUUAUGGCUUUUAUUCCUUAAAGGAGAAGGGUCUGGGUAGACUUUGGGUCUUUCCCACUGUGGUAGCUGCUCCCCUUCUCCAGGUCUACACCGCCAACCAGUGAAUGGUCUUUCUAAUGGCCCAACUUGUCUGAAUCUUUUUCUUGAGUACCUGGUGGAGGUGUCUGUUAGUUUUCUAUGGCUGUUAGAACAAAUUACUACAAAUCUGGUAGCUUAAAACAACACAAAAUUUUUUCAUAAUUUUGGAAGACAGAAGUCCAAAACCAGUUUCAGCUGGUCAAAGUGUUCAGCAAGGCUAGUUUCUUUUAGAGUGUUUGGGGGUAGAACCCAUUUUCUUGCCUUUUCUAGCACUAGAGUUGUUCUGCACUCCUUGGUUCAUGACCCCAACCUCUUGCAGCUAUAGCCAUGUCUAUUUAUGUCUCUGAUGCUGACUCCUCCUACUUCUCUCUUAUAAGAACUCUUUCCUGUGAUUAUAUCAGGCCCCUCAUCUCAAAAUUCUUAAUCAUAUUUGCAAAAUCCCUUUUACCAUGCAAGGUAACAUAUUCACAGGUUCAGGGCAUUAGAACAUGGACUCUCGUAUUGUUAUUCAGCCUACCACAAGGUUCCUGGAAAAAAGUUUGUGAAUGAAGGUAACCGUCCCUGGGGCUGUGGCUCCCAAGGCUUCUGUACUCUGAUAUUAGCCAACAUUUCACCUUUAGCAAACCUUUAAAAUUUAUAACUGAAUUCUUAACUCGUGUAGUGUUGAGCAGCUCUUCCUCUCAUGCUCUGCCACAGGUGAUCCAGAGCUUGGAUCCCAUCCUUCUUUUAUGGGGCCUAUCUUUCUUGUAUUUCAGGCCACUUGGUUGCCCUCUGACAUCAGCUGUCUGAUGGCUUGAAAAGUUACAAUUUUGUAGUUUAUCUUUUUUUGUUGUUGCUAGGAUAGAAGGAGUGUUAUUUCCAGUUGUUGUUGUUACUCUUUUUCCAUUCUAGCCAGAGGCCGUUCAAAGAAACUUCAGAAACUUUACUGAGCCUGAGGGAACACAAGUCAACUGCCAGUAAUCACUAUCUUCAGCUUUAUAGUAAUAGCAGUAGUAGUAAACUAGAACAAAUUGUAGUGAUAGUAAGAGUGGUUGAGUUGAACUCAUAGUGAAGGUAAGUAAGCACUUACCACAACCAUAUGCCAAGCAUUAUUUUAAUUAUUUUAUACACUUAUUUAAUCCUUAAACUCUAUGAGGUGGUUACUGUUUUUAUUUACAUUUAUAAAUGAGAAAACUGAGGCACGUGGAGAUUAAGUAAUUUUCUCAAGGUCUCAGGCUGAUACUGACAGAGCUGGGAUUUUAGUCCAGGAACUACUUCUCCAGAAUCUAUACUUUUAAGCAUGAGGCUGUGCUGCUUCUCAAAAAAUAAUUUGCUCUGAGGAUAUGAUGGGUCAUUAUUCUGUAGUUAACUCAGUUUCCUCUAUGAACUUUUUGCUGAACUAUUUCCCAAUUUUUUUGAGAGUCAAGGGCAUUUCAUUUAAUCCUAUAUCCCUAGAAGUAGAUGGAAAUAAGAUCAGGUUUUCUCAACCUGGGUUUCCUGGGAGAAUUAAUUCUUAAUACUCUCAGGCGUCCAUUAAAUGUAGACAAUAAAUGUUUUUUUGGUGGAUUUUAAAUUAUAUUCGUUAUCUACUAAAUUGGGAGAAGUGAAAAAAAAAGUCAAAUAAUUUUCUAUUUUCUGUGUUUCAAAUGAGAAGCUCCUAUAAUCACCUACAAAAUGAUAAUCCCUGCAUAAUGUAAGUAUCAAGCAUCAUCACGGACAUCUCAGCUAGAGUAUGGGAUAAAACCUCACCUUGAUUCUGUAGAUUUUUUUUUUACUCUACUCUCAUCACCUUUGAAAUUGGAGACUGAUCUUCUAGUUGUUCUCUAGUCAGGGGAUAUAUUUCUACCUGUAUAUAGAAGGUCAGCUUUGGGUCUAUACUCUGAAUUCAUAACUUGUAAUUCUAUUUCAAGGUGCUGUGAGGUUUAGUCCACUGAGAAUCCCAAGAGAUUUAUAUCUUUGUCAGAAUGCUAACUUUUAAAGAUUUAUUUUAAAUAAGGAAUAAAGAGGUCUUCCUUAAUCACAUAGUUUUCCCAGUCAUGCAAAGUUCAUUUUGAUUCUUUUAUUCUUUUUCAGUGUCUGAGUAUAUGCAUGCAUGGAUAUUUGCAUGUAAACUUCAACUGGGAUUAAAACCAUUUAGGGCCAUCCAUGUAUUUUGUAAAGAAGAUCAUCCUGCAUAAUUACUCUUUAUCAGUAACUAUCAUCAAAAAAAUUUUCACUUUAGGAUAUUCUUAUCCUAAAGUUUUUGAAUGCUCAUACAGACCUGACAAUUUCACUUAUAGGAGAAAGGGAAUUUUGUAAAGAAGAUCAUCCUCCACAAUUAUUCCUCAUCAGUAACUAGCAUCAAAUAUAUUUUUACUUUAGGAUAUUCUUAUCCUAAAGUUUUUGAAUGCUAAUACAGACCUGACAGUUCCACUUAUAGGAGAAAGGGAACUGGAUACCAUUUUCCAGUUCAUUUACAGGUAUUUCAUAUCAUAUGUUGCUUUAGCCUGGGACAGAACCCAGCAGCCUUUUAACACUUUAUUAAAAGCUCUAUUUGGUUGUUGCCAAUUAUAAAGCAGAUUUGAAAAGAAAAAGAAAAAGAUAAAGCAGAUUUGAAAAGUAGACCUUUAAGAACUGUUUGGAUAUAUCGGGUUUUUAUAGCCAUUCAAAAAGAACUCAAGAUAAUCUUCCCACAGGACAGUCAUGGCGAUUAAUAAGGAACUACAUAGGAAGUAAAGUUGUUUCUUGAGUUUACCAAUUUCUGUUGGUGUUCUUCUGGAAUUUUGACUUAUCACUAUAUAUUGAAAAAAGAAAUCUUCAAAUGAUUUCAGCCAACUCAGUACAUUUAAUCUUAGUACCUAUUUACUUCAUUGAUAGUAUCUUACCCCAACGAUAGUAGACUAGAACUUUUUUUUUUUUUUGAGACGGAGUUUUGCUCUUGUUGUCCAGGCUGGAGUGCAAUGGCGUGAUCUCGGCUCACUGCAACCUCCGCCUCCCGGGUUCAAGUGAUUCUCGUGCCUCAGCCUCCUGAGUAGCUGGGAUUACAGGCAUGCACCACCGUGCCCAGCUAAUUUUAUAUUUGUAGUAGAGAUGGGGUUUCACCGUGUUGAUCUGGCUGACCUCAAACUCCCGACCUCAGGUGAUCUACCUGCCUCAGCCUCCCAAAGUGCUGGGAUUACAGGCGUGAGCCACCAUGCCUGGCCAGGACUAGAACUUUUUAACGUAUUUUAUUCAUAUUGCCACAAUGGAGAAUUAUUAUGACACCUAAAAUAGAUAAUAUUUUAUCAAUAAAAGCUAAUGUUGAUAGAUUUAAGGUGACUAAUCUAUCAUAGGUAUUGAUAUCAGAGUCUCCUCAGUUUUCUAAAUUAUGACUAGGGAUUACCAUUAGGCAUAGUAGUAGCCCUUUAUCAUUUGAAAUCACAAUUUAAUUUCUUGGUGAAUUAGGAUUGGUAGGAGGAAUUUGAGAUAUUGAGCUAUUCAAAAAUUUACCUAACUUUUGAACUUCAUCAGCAGUAUCCCCACCAUGUUGUUAUGCAGCUAUUGUUUGAAUACUUUCCCUUACCACAGUUAAUGCUAGAGGCAGAGUUCAGGCUAGUUCAAUCCUCAUCUGAAAAUUUGCCUUCCCUUCACAUUCUCAAAGUUCAUUGUUGAUACCCAUUUAUCUAACUCAGCAUCUUGUUUAACAUCAUUGUACUGCAUAAGAAUCAAUAAAGUGCACACUCUCCCAAAUCUUGUUUGUCCCUUCCUCUAUUCUAUCUCCUCCUUCAUCUUUCUCUAGCUCUGAGCUGUCAAACAGCCCAUGGUGGGAAAAUGAAGACUUUAACAUUUAAAUUUAAAGGAAGGGGUGUGUGUUUGUAUGUGUGUAGGUGGGAGGGAGUGUAUUUGAAUCUAUAUAUUACCUGAUUUUUCUGUAAAUCUAUCAUAUUCCUUUAAAGUCUUUUUUAAAAAGUUAAAGGACUGUAAGUAGAAAAAUUAAUAUUUUUCUUUUAAAAGCUUUUGUUAAUUAUAAAAAUUUAUAUACAAAAAUAUAAAAAGUAAUUUUAAAUCACCUAUGAUCUUACACUUCUCAAUGUAUUUACUUCUAUUCACACAUUUUUAAUGAUUCUGUUCAAAACAUUUAAAAAACUUUAGCCAUGGAUAUAAUUUGAAAGCUGAAAAUAUCAGAAUAUUUUGGGAACAGUUUUCUAUUAAAACAUUUCUUGAUCCAUUCUCUUCCUUUCCCAUUCCUAUGGCUUCCUUGAGACCUUUCUCAGUGUCUAGCCUCUAUUUUCUGCCAUGUUACUCUGUUCACCUUAGCUUCUUUGCUGUUUUCUCUUGCCUUCUUUCUCUGUUCCUCACUUCUGAUUAUCUCUCCCUUGGAUCCCUCUCUGUCUGCCUUGCCUCUCCUCAUUUUUAUUGCUAGUGUAUAAUUGGGUUCUGCAGCUCUACUAUGUCUCACUUCCCCCAACCUUCUGGCUCGUUUCCUCGCCUGAUAAAAUGGCCAGAACUUGAACUCCAGUUCUUGUGGAAAGUGCACCGUUGUCCUCACUAAUAUCCAGAGCAGGGCAUGUGUUGUCUUCCUUCUUUAAUCCCCCCUGCACCCUGCUGUUAUUUACUUCUUUCUCUAAAUACCAUUAUUCCAAGUCUGUCUUGGACAUUUACUGAACAAUUUAGGGUAACAGAGGCCUUACACACAGAACGGUGUAAGAUUUAAAAUUAAAUGCUUUGUAUUCUUGUUCAUAAAAGUUACUUGGCCAUCCUUGCCACUAAGAAUGUUUCCUUUUUGCCUUAGACCAGGUUUCAUAAAAAGCAGUGAUCAGUGACUUAAGAUAAAUGUCUUUAGACUUAAAAUGAUGCUUCAUUGUAUGUCACGAAGAGAUUAGAUGCUAAGGAAGGAAUUAGAAAAUUAAGUAAAUUUUGUGCUAUAAUUUUUAAAAGUUCUUUUCAAAAAUGCUUUUCUAUUAGUAAAAAUCGGGGAAGAGAGGUUUAAUUUUCAAAAUAUUCAUAUUUAGAUAAUGAGUGUAGCUCAGCUGCCACUGUAUUUUUCUUAUUAAGGUGGUAUUCUGAUGAAAUUUAAAUUAAAAAAUGUUUACUUGGCAUAUUUUUUCUAUAAUUAAGUUGAUUUGCUGAUUUUGUUAGACACGUGGAAUGACUAACCUGUCUAACACAUUUAGUAUUUAUUUUAUCACAUUCUUUGGCUUAAAAUCUGUAUUAUAACAUCAGACCUUUAAGUGUCUUUGUAUUAUUCAUAAAUAUUUUUUAUGUUAUAAAUGUUUGGAUUUUAAAAUUUUAAAAAAAUUUUUAAUAGAUGCAGUAUAGUCAAGUAAUUUGUAUUUAAAGAAAUCAGAAGCCUGAACAUGGUAUAUAUUACAUAGUGAAGUGUGGUAUUUCUGGGGUACACAAUUUUAGAGUAAUAAACAUUAUAAUUUCAAGCACCUACAGCAGUGAAAUAUUUCUCAUUUUACACAUUCAUGUUUCUGUAAGAUUUGUUUUUGCAGUUUUAAUUUAUCUUCCAUUGCAGUGUGUUAAUAUUGUUAAAUUAUACAAGGGAAGGAUUAUAUAUUAUAUACUUAAUCAUUUGGAAAGACUGAGACUCUUACCACAGUUCUGCUGUUGAAUAGAUGAAUGACCUUGAAUCAAGUUACCUCUAGGUCAUUGUCUUAUCUUUAAAAUGAAGACAUUAACUUCAUUUUUUCUCAAGUUAUGUAACUUUUAUAACAGAGAUUUCAAAACAAAUAUACAGUUUCAAAAAAGGUCCUAAAGUCUGUAAUCUCACCAUUCAUCUGACACUUGAUUUAUCUGCCUAGCAUCACUACUAAGCAGCAGGGAAUGAGCUUUGUCAGGGAUAGAGCUGUGAGCCCCUUCCCUCUUGGCAGGAGCUAUUAACAAUUGACUUGACAAUUUCUCUAAGUGAGCUGAUGAUAUGUCUUUACUAAAAAUUUCAACACUUGGAGUCAUACAAAACAAGUAUAAUCUAGCUUCUAAUUGAAAAGCCAACUAUAUUGUUUUUGAUUUUUCCUUCAUUUUUAAAUUAAGCAUUCUGUUUCAUCUGUUACUCCUAUAUCAAGGUUUUUAUUUGUAUUGAUUUUAUAUUUCUUUGGACAAAUGAAAUAGACAUUUGAAAUAGACAUAAUAAUGAAACAAGAGGUGAAAUGAAUUUGAAAAUAGGACUGGACACAAAUUUUGAAAUCUGAGUGAUUUCCCCAGCAAAAUGUUAUUUUAAAGUAAUUUUGGCCUGGCAAUUAUAGUAAUGAUAAUGUUAGAUGCUUACUGUAUCCCAGACUAUGUUUUCUGAUUUUUGACUCUACUAUCACAUUCAGUUCUUACAACAGUCCUAUGAGGUAUACAUAUCUCCAUUUUAGAAGAGAGGUAACUAGGGUACGUAGACACUAAGCAGUGUGAAAUAGAAAUUGUUCCAAUUAUAUAUUUAAAUGAUAUUAUGACAAAAAACCAAACACCGCAUGUUCUCACUCAUAGGUGGGAAUUGAACAAUGAGAACUCAUGGACACAGGAAGGGGAACAUCACACUCCGGGGACUGUUGUGGGGUGGUGAGAAGGGGGAGGGACAGCAUUAGGAGAUAUACCUAAUGCUAAAUGACGAGUUAAUGGGUGCAGCAAAACAACAUGGCACAUGGAUACAUAUGUAACAAACCUGCACAUUGUGCACAUGUACCCUAAAACCUAAAGUAUAAUAAUAAAAACAAUAAAA